UCGAUCGAUCGCGAGCGGAGCUAAACCCAUUCAGAGGAAUUUACCAACUUUGCCCGCAAUGGAUAAUAAAGAACGAUACAGUGAAGAAAAGGGACAGUUACUUUGUUGAAAAAAGUUUGUAAGUCUUCCUUUGAAUUACCAAGAGAUGGAAUAAAGUGUAAACCUUCGUUGCUUUCUUAGCAGGCUUCUGAGUAGUGGAUGAAGACUCUACAAUAAUCAAAAUGAAAUUACGAUGGCGGUUUAUGUUUUGGGGAACAAUUUUCGUGUGUUGCACGACUUUGAUGACAAUAUUCGCAGUGCUCCGAGAGGUUGGACUUGGAGCCCCUGUUGCCGCAAGAGUGGAAAGUAUCCAUCGGAAUUUCAAGAAGACCUUAGAAAAUACCAGUAUUAUGGACGGAAUAAAUCUGCUAACCAGCAAAGAAAGAGCAGUUCCAGACCACCAGAAUGCUAGUACCUACGAUGCGUGGGUUGCAGGAAAAAGGAGAGAAAGGCCAAAUUGGGUGUCCAGUGGAUCCAAAGAUAAGAAAAAUGGAACACAACUGUUACCAUGGCAACAAUUUCAUGCAGAUAUCAACGAGAAUCAGAUGUAUAGCCGCAACGCUCCGUACAUGAAAGAUCUACUCGAGAGCCUGGCCACUACAGAGAUUGUAGAUGUGGGUUUGUUCCACGGUGGGAGUCAACUUAAGCUUCAUGUUAAAUUGGCUGAUGGGAAUUAUGCAAUGCUAAAACCAAUGAGAACUCCAAGGAGUCUAGUAUAUAACUAUGAUGAAGAACAGCCAUUUUGGUUAGAUAUUGAGAGACAUAACGCAGAAAUAGCUGCAUUUCAUCUGGACAGAAUACUAAAUUUCCGCAGAUCUCCUCCAUGUGCUGGGCGUGUUCUCAAUAUCACUGCUGAUAUAAAGAUGAAAACUAAAGACAAAGAUUUGUUAAAUUCCUUCUUUCGUGAUGGGGGAAACACGUGCUUUGAAGGGAAGUGUGCUCCAUGGUUUUGCAAUAAGGAUCAUCCUGUUUGUGGGCGGGGCGAGAUGCUGGAGGUCUCCCUUUGUGUCAUGAUACCAUUUUACCAUGGCAACGAGGAUCCCAUUUUCGAUAGACCCAACCCAUGGAGUCAUGGAAUCCGGGAGGCUCAAAUAUGGCAAGAACAAAAUAUUUGUGAAGAAAUCUUAAAAAAUUCAGCCAAUGCCGAGGGCCGGUUCCUGUUGGAUCUCGUGGAGCAAUCUAUUUUUGACUUUCUUAUGUUGAAUUACGAUAGGCACCAUUUUCACAUGCUCUAUAAGUAUGGUUCGAAAGGCUUUGUAGUUGCUCUUGAUAACGGGAAGGGUUUCGGAAACCCUUAUUUGGAUGACCUCAAUCUUCUCGGGCCUUUAGCCCAGUGCUGUAUAAUUCGUGAUUCCACUUUCAAAUAUCUCUUAAAAGUCAACGGAAGUCGAGAGAAGUUGAGUGACCACAUGAAGCACACGCUGGUCAAGGAUCUGAUUGAUCCGGUCAUCCACGAAACUCACUUGGAAGCCAUUGACCGUCGGCUGAUGAAGCUUCUGGAUUUGAUCGGUGAUUGCAUCAAUUUGUACGGUGAGAAGAGGGUCAUGGUCAAAGGGAAGCUUGACCUUCCAUUCCCGGAGGUAGAGGUCAAGAUGGACAUGUGAUGGAGGGUCGCUGGUUGACCCUUGUUUGUUUUUCAGACUGUAAGAGAUCAGUGACUAUAAGCAACACUCUGUGCCCUGUAACAAAAAAGGUUAGCGACUGAUCAUACUGUUGAUUUGUGCGACUGAUUGUAUAUAAUAAUCAAUUUAAUCAAGCAUAAUAUCAGCCCUAUGAUUAGGCACUAUGCUUUAUGUUAUGAACUCCAUUUUUCCGGCCAAAUAUCAUAAGUGACCUGAACAAUUGUGUAUUGUAGAUUUGUACCAAAUAAUAAGAAGAUAGAUGGACAAAAAUGUACAUGUUUAUAUGUAUCAAGUUGAACAAAUAAAUUUUCCUCAUUUUUUGUAUUAAAAAAAAAGGGAAUGUAAUAUUUUUAUAUUCUCUAUUCUCAUUUGUAAAGUGAAGGUGUGGAGGAAAGCAAGAAUUUAUAUGUUUGAUUGCCAAAGCUUGAAUGAAAAUAAUUUGAUUAAUAAUAAUAUGUUCCUUUAAAAGAACUUGCCCUUUUUUUUCCGUAUCCAGUUUAAAUUGAUUGAUAUAGUGUGUAUGUGUAUGUUACUUAGCAAUGAACUUUAUGUUGCGCUGAUAUUUUUUUCAUUGAUUUUGUAAGAUCAAUAUGUAUUCAAUGUAGAUCAGUAAGAUUGUGACAUGUAAAAUGUUAACAGCUACUUUCAAAAGAUAAGGCAUUACAUCAUUUGUGGUUUACUCUGUAUAUGCCAAGUAAUCAGUUCUAUGUGUUGAUGAAUGCCAUGUUGCCAAUACACCAGACCUGCCAACCUCUGGGAAUGAAAAACUGUAUUCUGUGAUAAAAAAACUGUAUUUUCCCCCAAAAAAGUUUAUUUCAUAAUAAAAUGCUUGGCGCACUCGCUCAUCGCGGUGCUCAAGCUGCAUGUAAGCUAAAAUGCGCACUGCUCUUGCAGAUUAAAAAAAAAACAUUAAAACAUGUGUAUAUCUUCACCCUGGUUUGAACAAAAUGAUUGAAAAAAAAAAACAAGUUACCUGAAAUUACAUUGAUCGUAUAACCAUAUUUGUUCACGUUUUAUGAAAUAGAGACAUAUAGAGAUUAUUUUUCUCAAUAAAUUACGAUUUUUACAAAAAACGUAUUUUUCAAAGAAAAAACGUACUGCCGUAUUUUGGUUGCAAAAACGUACUAAAUACGGCUAAAACGUACUGGUUGGCAGGUCUGAUACACUGCAACUAUUUGUUUAUCGGGACAUACAUGUAUUCAAUAGUUCCUAUUGAAACGUUUUUCAGAAAUGCAAUGACACUAAAUGAUGCAUACUGCUUUAGAAGUUCAAGUCCACCCUUUGUUAAAAGAAGAUUCUAUUUAAUAGAAAAAAUAACAAAGUUUAAAUGCAACUAUGCACUUUUGUUAAAAGAAGAUUUUAUUUAAUAGAAAAAAGAAGGUUUAAUUUCAACAAUGCACUAAUCAUGUUUUUAUGAUUAUACUAAAAGCUAGAUGUCACAUGUAUGAAAAGUAAACUUUAAGGCAGAACUUUUGAAAAUUCACUACUUCAUAAUGUCAUUAUUAAUUCUGUAGUGUCAAUGAUGAAAUAAUUUUACUGUAAAUUCUUAUUCAAUCUUAUUAUGUGCAAUGAUGGUGUGUUUCACAAAUUGUAUUCAUUAUGAACAUUAAAAUUGAAACUAUUAGUAUUGUGCAAUAUCCAAUAAGGUAGGCCUAAGUUAUUUGAACGAUACUGUAAUUUGAUUUGUAUUUACAAUUGCAAUUCAAAUGGUAUCGUUUUAUUUUUUGAUAUGCCAACAAUGUUAAUAUUGAUUUUGCCAUUGUUUGGUGCAUAUGUGUAUCUUUGUAUUGACAAAAUGAUAUGCUUUAUUCAUAAAUGCCAAUCAUGCCUUGCAUAAGCUUUUCCUUCUUGACAUUUAUGUCACACAUGAUUGUUAAAAAUGGAUCCCAGUUUUUUUUUAACAAAAAAAUGUAUAAGAUGCAGUAUAGAUACAGUAUAUCUUUUGCAAGGAGACAACAAACUGGAACAAUCUAAAAAGUGUAAUGAAAAUGAAAUUUGUAUGCAUGAAGUAAUCUGUCCAGAAUUGCACAAACUGCUGACAUCAUUCACUAUGAUCAAUGAUAUAAUGAUGACAUCAUUAGGACAUCAUAUGGCUUGAGUCAGAACACCAGGGCUCCGUAACACAAAGAUUAGCGAUCAAUCGCUAAAUGAACUGACCAAUCAAGAUCAAUGUUACAGGCGCAUUUGGUUUAAAAUACUGACCAGUGACUAAUCAGUGUGGUUCUUUCAUAUUUGCAAUCCAUCGCAAACGUUUGUGUUACGGAGCCCUGAGUAGGUUUUACUGAACAUCUUUAUAUUAUCCAGAUGACUUUCACAUGUUAGUGUCUUAGUAACUAAUGAGUGUCCAUCUCUUUGUAGGUCCAAGAUUAUACUAAAUCCAAGUGUCUUGUUUCAUUAUUGUGAACUAAACAUUAUUGAGAUAGUAAAAAUAAAAUAGAACUCUUCCUGUGAAUAAAUUGCUUGACCUAUGACAACAAAUUACCUGUCGAUUUUCAUUUUCAAUUUUGUCAAAUUUGUUAUUCCAAAAUAUUUGUAUAUUUGUUUGAUGGUGUUUUAUAUACCUUUUUUCAAAGUUUUAAUAAUAAUAAUUCUAACAUUUAUAAUGUAUUUAAGUGUCAUUGUCUGUAAGUGCACAAAAUUAUGUCUUCUGUCUACUACAGUAAGUAAUAACCGACGUCCUUUCAUUAUGUGAUUCUGAGUUAUGUUUUCUAUGUUCUGUAUUGCCUUUUAAGUUGUUUAUUUUGAUUUGUAUAUUACUGUACCCUAUGUGCUUGCAGUGAUUUUAUGUAUAAUUUUUAUUUGUAUUUGUUGAAUAUGACAAGUCCUUUAUCAUUCUAGUUAGGUGCUUAAUGAGUUGCUGGUAAUCGUCUCACUAAAGAUUAAUAUAUCAGACCAAUUGUUGUUGCAUUAGUACUACUUGAUUUUUUUCCUCUCAAUUAAAGAAUUAAUAUAUUUUGCAGCAACUUAUGUAUAAAUCGUGAUAAAUCAUGGAACAAAAUAACCAAUUUUAUGGUUUAUACAUCUUUGGGUAUUAAAAUAUCUCUAAAGGAAUUCUUGAAAAAUUAAGCAGAGUAAAUUACUAGUUUUGUCCAAUAGUAACUAAUAAUAGUUAUCAAUGUUACACAUCAACAUGUAAAGUUUUAUACGAGAGGUUUAAUGAAAUGUAUUACUUGCUACAUGUAUGUUUAAAGUAGUGCAAUAUUAUUUAUCAUUAUUUUACUUUUUGCAAUCACUCGUUUUCUUGCCUCGUGAAAAGCAUUGGUCUAUCAUGCAAUAUGUAUUCACUUUUCUAUUGAGAACUGUACACUUAAAUUGCUUCCUAUACUAGUGCCUUUAUCCAGUAUGUCUGAAGCCUGCUUUGAUUAGCACUUGAAAUAUAUCAAAUGUUCCCCUUGUGUUUGCUGAACAUUGUGAUUCAAUGUUCACUUACAAAUUAUUGCAGUGUUGUAUAAAAUGGUUUGUAAAGUUAUUAUUGAGAAUAAUGUGCAAUAAAAUGCUUGCUACAUGUAUGAUUUUGCCUAUUUCAAUAUGGCUGAAGUCUGCUUUGAUUAAAAUUUGAAAUAUAUCCAA